GGGUCCGGCGCGCGCGCACUGCCGGUCCCGGUCCCUCCUCCUCCUCCUCGUUCUCCUCCCGAGCGGCGGCGGCGGCGGGGCCGCGCGGAGCCUCCACAGCGCUCGGCAGGGCCGCCCAGCCCGGAUCCCGCACGGAUAUGGCUCGUGGACAGCAGAAGAUUCAGUCGCAGCAGAAAAAUGCCAAAAAGCAAGCUGAGCAAAAAAAGAAACAAGGACAUGAUCAGAAGGCUGCAGCCAAGGCUGCCUUGAUAUAUACCUGCACUGUCUGUAGGACUCAAAUGCCGGAUCCCAAGACCUUCAAACAGCACUUUGAAAGCAAGCAUCCUAAGACUCCACUUCCUCCAGAAUUGGCUGAUGUUCAGGCAUAAAGUUGUCUACAGGUCAUUACCAUAAUUUUUAAUUGAUUGUCUGAGAAAGGUAUAUUAAAAUUGGUUUUUUUUACCACCAACAACUGUGACUUAAAACUUGCUUCAGUUCUUUUAAUAUGAAAACUACUGUAAGUUAUAGUUAUACCCCUGAACUGUUAAAAAUAGAAGAAAGAAGCAAGCUAGUUCUUACAUGGGUGAAAUGGCUGUGGCAUUUCACUGUGCCCGGAGGUUGUUUUAAGAGGGAUUAAUGUUAUUUCAAAUGGUCAUUCUUAGUGUUGUAGGAAUACUUCAUUAUUUAGUUCUUGCUUUGAAAUGUUAGUUUUGCUUUGAACAAAAUACAUCAGUACAAUCUGUCUGUUACUAUAAAACAUGUAAUGUAAACAGUUGUUUAGUAUAUUUCCAACAAUGGAGCCUUUUUGUUCCUGAAGUGAAUGCAGAAAAAUCUGACUUUCUGUGUUGGCUGUAGAGGAGAUUUCCCAGUAGGCAGUUGUUAGGCUGUAACUGAAAGUGGUUAUAAUAAAAGGCUGAAAUAAGGUAAAAA